AUGGCGAGUUCUGCGGUGUACGUACACCCGAGAAGCGGGGCCAGCUGGUGCGAGGCAGCCGCAAAGGCAGCAGCAGCAGCAGCCAGCAGCAGCAAAGGGAAGCAGCUGCGGCUCCCCAGCAGCAAAGCAGCAGCAGCAGCAGCAGCAGCACUCACGCUUCUUCGGAGCUGCAGCAGCAGCAGCCAGCAGCAGCAAAGAGAAGCAGCUGCGGCUCCCCAGCAGCAAAGCAGCAGCAGCAGCAGCAGCAGCAGCACUCACGCUUCUUCGGAGCUGCAGCAGCAGGAGCUGCUGCAGCAGCAGCAGCAGCAGGCGACAUCUUGGGACGCGGCGAAGCGGCUGGACACCGGAACUGGGGGGGUCUUGCGGCGCUGCAGCAGCGGAAAGUCGCGGCUUUUUCGGGCGUUUUUGGCGGCGAAAAGAAGAAAUUAA